AUGAGAGAUCAGGAUAUUGUCGGCGAGGCCUUGGCCUCUGUCUUGCCUCAGCAUGAUCGCCCCUGGUUUCGUGUCCCACAUCUCUUGCAACUCAAUCUGAUCCUACUCGUUCCUCUUCUUUCGUCUGCGGUCGCUGGAUAUGAUGGGUCGUUAAUGAACGGAUUGCAAUCAAUUAAUGAGUGGAAGGGCUACUUCGGUAACCCAAAUGGCUCAAUACUCGGUAUUGUCAACGCUGCGCAGUCCAUCGGGAGUGUCAUUUCAUUACCUUUAGUUGGCAUUCUGUCAGAUAAAAUCGGACGGCGCUGGACCCUACUGUCCGGUGCAAUCGUGAUCGUCGUUGCCUCGAUUAUCCAAGCUGCUUCGGUACAGUAUGCUAUGUUCGUGUUUUCUCGUGUGCUGGUGGGAGUUGGUUCUAUGCUGGUCACACAGCCAUCACCCAUGCUCAUCACAGAGCUGGCUUACCCAACUCAUCGAGGAAAAUAUACAAGCGCGUUCUGGACCUUUUACUACCUGGGAGCUAUAUUGGCUUCAUGGGCCUCAUAUGGUACACAAAAGCAUAUGAGUGGGUCAGACUGGAGUUGGAGAGUGCCUUCAAUUAUCCAGGCUGGGUUUCCUGUCGUCCAAAUCAUAUUCUGGUCUUUUGUACCUGAGUCUCCAAGAUGGCUCAUUGCAAAGGGCAGAAAAAAGGAAGCUGAGGAUCUUUUGGCACGAUUUCAUACUGCUGGGGAUACAUCGCAUCCUCUUGUCCAAUUCGAAAUGAGCGAGAUCGCACGUACAAUUGAGAUGGAGAGCCGAGCUUCUGAAACCAAGUGGUCGACACUUGUCAAAACUCCUGGAAAUCGCAAGCGUACAUUGAUUGCUAUUUGCAUCGGCGUCUUUGCCCAGUGGAAUGGUGUUGCGGUUGUAUCCUACUAUCUCACGCUUGUGCUAGAUACUGUCGGCAUUAAAGACUCGGACACACAGACUCUCAUAAAUGGUCUUCUUCAAGUGUUUAACUUUAUUAUCGCUGGUAGUGCAGCUCUUUUGGUCGAUCGACUCGGACGCCGAACCUUAUUCUUAUGGUCUGCAGUGGGCAUGCUAGUCUCCUUUAUCAUCUGGACCGCAUGCUCGGCCGUAUUUGAUAUUACAAACGCCGGUGCUCUGGGCAAGACGGUGAUCGCUUUCGUCUUUAUUUUCUACUUCCACUACGAUAUUGCCUACACACCACUGUUGUUGGGGUACCCGACCGAGAUAUUUCCAUAUUCCAUCCGCAGUAAGGGGCUGACUGUGGAGCUGAUGAGUGUCUACAGCUCCUUGAUUGUACUCGCUUUCGUCAAUCCAAUUGCGUUGGAUAAGAUUGGUUGGCACUAUUAUAUCUUCUACUGUUGCUUUGACGUUGUCGUGCUAAUCGUGACAUGGUUCUUUUUCCCGAAACAAAAGAUCGCGGAGGUUUUCGAUGGGCCAUCUGCUGCGAUGAGCAGUUCAAUUUUUUAUAAACACAAUGACUUCGAUGAGAAGGGAAAGUCUAGUACAGAGCAUGCAGAGCACGUCGCAUAG